GAAGAAUCUCAUCACGAAAACAAACGAAACGCCAUUCAACGUCCGAUACUAAUCAACACCAAGACUCCGUCCGUCUACUCCUUGACACUUGAAUCCCACGAGCAAGCGUCUCAACUACCCGACGCCCACCCCGGAACAAAAACAAAAUGACCACCCCACAACCCCCCACUACCCCAGAUCAGCAACAACAACAACAGCAAGCCACCCUCCAAAGCCAACGGGAAGCCGACUACCAGCGCUUCAAGACCUACGCUGCCUGGACUUUCCUGGUUGCUUCUCCGAUCCUCAUCGCCCUCCCGCCGCGCAAGCUCGACAACCUGACCGUCCUCCAGCUUAGCGCCUUCUCGAUCUCGGCCAACCACCUCACGCGCGAGCGCACCGGCCGCAGCAUCGUCGACCGCCUCGAGGACAAGAUCUCCUCCGGCCGGAGCCACCCCCUGGCCUCGCUGGGGAAUGGGCUCCCCAGCGAGCGCGCGCUGGAGAUCCAGGCCCGGCUGAAGGCGGACCGUGAGCGGCAGAUCGAGGAGGCCAAGGGGGAGGAGCUGGCCAAGCUGAAGGCCCGCGAGGAGUUUGACAAGCCCGUGCUGCAGCGGGUGUGGAUGGGUGGGGAGACCGAGGGGUGGAAGGAGCGGCGUCUGCGCGAGGAGCAGAAGGCCCUCGACGAGGGGAAGGGGUAUGGGGAUUUGAUUCGGGACCAUAUCUGGGAUGUUUGGACUUGGGGGAAGGGAGAUGGAGAGGAAAAGGGGGGAAAGAAUUGAGUAUACUUUGAUGAUAAGAUUACGGAUGGGUGAUAUGAGGGAGGAUGUUGCUGGAGAGGUUGCUGGUGGUGAUGGAUCGUGAUGAUAUCUCUACUUUUCUUUGUUUUCGGGAGUGGUGAGGUGUAUUCUAUGUGCUGUAUGUUUGGCGUUGGGGUUCAUAAAAGGCUAUGGUUUUGGUUUUGGUGUGAUGUAUAUUAGUUUGCUGUGGUGAAGGCUGGGGUCUGAGAAUGAGCAUCUGAGUCUCCUUUCUUUUUGAUUUGGAUGCCAUCUGCGAGUUUUGAAUCUGCUACGGAUUCUCAAGUACCUGUUGGGGACGCUGGAAUCAUAGUGGCUGCAUAGUAUGCUGCUUGUUAAGAAUUGCAUAGAGUAAAGCCCAGGACCUGA